GAGAGGAGUGGAGCCUUUGGUUAGGUGGUGGCGAAUUUGGCAAUGUCGUCCACAGUCGUCGCUUCCGACCAAGAAGCACCGUCGAAGAAGCCGGCAACAGAACCGACCUCAAUUAUGCAACUUCCAGAUGAAUUAGUAUUGAGUUGCUUAGCUCGGGUCUCGAGAUUGCACUACCCGAUUCUCUCACUCGUCUCCAAGACCUUUCGAUCACUCACUUCUUCACCGGAGCUUCAUGAGACCCGGUAUCUCUUGAACCGCACCGAGAACUGUCUCUAUGUUUGUAUACAGUUCCCUACCGAGUCUAACCAUCGUUGGUUCACUCUCUGUCGUAAACCCGACAAAACCCUAACCAAUCAAAUCUGUAAGAAGAAGGAGACAGAGUCAUCAAGUGGUAAUGUUUUGGUUCCGGUUCAGAUUCUCAACUCUCCUCCCGUGGAAUGGUCAAACCUCGUAGCUGUUGGUCAUAAGCUCUACGCUAUCAACAAAGAAGAAGAUGAUCCCUCCUCCUGCUCUUCUAGCGUCUUCUUCCUCGACUGUCGAACGCACACGUGGGUUGAAACUCCAAUCUUGCGGCUAGCUCACACCGAUGGAGGGUUGAAUAUGAUGAUGAUGUAUUUAGCAGGAAGCAACGAGACUCCAGAUUCUUUGAAUUGUGUUCAAGUGUUCAACGCAAAGACACAAACUUGGAAACCCGUGCCUCCCGAGAAGAGGAUAUUCAGAGCCACGGAUUAUGAAGGAAAGGUUUACAAGAACUUUGAUGCGGACUCUGGUAAGAGGGUUAUGGCUUUAAAGCUAAAGGAUGCUACAGUGGACUUGGCAGGGCCAGACAUUAUUUGUUCUAUAGAGAAAAGAUUUUAUUGUUAUGAACCCAAUGGAGAGUUUCGUUGGUCUAACCAUGGAACCGAAUUAGAUGGUUGGAAGAAAGUGGAGGGUUUGGAAGGAAUGCCUAAGUUUGCCCAUUAUAGUAAUGUUAAUUUGGUUGAAUGUGGUGGUAAGAUGAUGGUGUUUUGGGAUAAGUAUGUGCCUGCACGUGGUGGGUAUAAGGAGAAGAUGAUUUGGUGUGCUGAGAUUUCUCUGGAAAUGCGCAGCAGUGAAGAGGUUUGGGGAAAGGUUGAGUGGUUCGAUGCUGUGCUCAAAGUACCCAAGUCUUACAAUUUCGUGUAUGCUAGUUCUGUUACCGUUUGAUUACCUAUUCAUGAGACAGGUUUAAGGGAAUGAAUCAGGUUAUGUUUAGUUACUACUUAGUAUGUCAUGUUUCUUGUAGAUGAUUAAGCUUAUUUUGUAACUGUCUCUUAGAUUGCAAACUCUUUUAGGCUACUCUUUGAUGAGUGACUCAUGAGACAAGCGGCUUCGAUCUUGUACUGGUUUCCUUUCUUUUGUAUGUCACUGUGAUGUAUGCGUUUGUCUUGUGUUUGUAGCUGACAAUGGUGCACUUCUAACCUAUGCAUUCACUUUUAGCUUUGUGUCUUUGA